AUGCCUGAUGUUCAUGGUGUCCUUAUCAUUGCCCGUAACGGUGACCGCACAGAGUUCUACCAAGAUCCGUAUACCUACGAGCCCUCUUUCACUGAUUCCACACCUCUCGGCGCUGUAGAAUCAUACCAGCUUGGCAGCCAUCUGCGCUCGACAUACUUGAACCCCUCUUCUCCGUCGCACAUCAAUGGCAUCCGUGCAGACCUCGUGCAGAACGAUCAAGUGGUUGUGCAUGCCAAGGCUGGCGGGGAAGGCACUGCGGUCUUUGACAGCGCCAUAGCCGUCCUGCAAGGCCUCUUCCCACCAAAUCCAAACAAUGUGAUUGAGCUUGCUAACGGGACGAAGAUCGUCACUCCACUCGGGGGUUACCAGUACAUUCCGGUCGAAAUGGCUCCGAGCGGCGUUGACCGUGCGCUCGAGCCCUGGACUGAGUGUCCGGCGUUUGAGCAGCACAUCAAGGGUGUGUAUGCAUCUCACGGAUUCAAGGAGGUGGCGGGAUCUGCAGGCCACUUCUUUGGCGCCGUUCGCGAUUACGUAUUCGGGAGGCCUACGACCUUUGAAAAUGCUAUCUAUGACUUCAUGAACUCGCAACUUACGCACAACCAAACCUACGCGUUCCGUCUUCCACCGACUUUCAUUGAGCAGGCCCGCGGAUAUGCUAACUACCACGAAAACGCAAUCUUUGCUGACAAGGAAACGGGUGGAAUUGGAAACAUUGCUGGCCGUACUAUCCUUCAUACCAUUCUUCACUCUCUUCAACGCAUCACGUUUGACGAGGACCCCCUCAGGUUGCUUCUGCUUGAGACGACUUACCAGCCAUUCAUCUCGCUAUUCCACAUGUUGGAGAUGGUCAACGAGCAUCCUCAGCUCGCUGCCAUUCCUAACCAUGCAUCUGCCCUUGCCUUUGAGCUUCUUCGUGGACCUCCACCUGAACUCCGCGAAUUCCUCCGCGUCAAGUUCAAGAACGGGACCGACGAAGAUUUCCAGACUUAUCCCAUCUUCGGUCACAAAGGAGACAUUGCGGUGACAGAGUUCCUGUAUCGCCUUGAGAACUUUGCUAUCUCGAGCCAAAAACAAUGGGAAUCUGCGUGUGGAAUCAAUCACGGCUACUUCGGCAUCACGUCUGCUGCUGAGAACAUGAACGUGCUGCUCGCUGCCUUUUCAGCAUUCAUGCUCCUUGGCGUGUUUGCUCUGUCGUGGUUCAAGCGCAGGCGGGGCACAUCUGCUCCUGUUCGUGUUGUGCAUGUUGUUAACAACGAGAAGGGGAGACUUUUGCCGCAGUGA